AUGGGCUCAAUCCCUGAAAGUGAAAAUGACUGGAUCAAUGCCUCUCGCUUUAAGAUUAUGUCUAUCCCCAACGAGAGGAUCAUGUCCAGGCCAUCAAAGACCGGAGAACCUCGCGUUGUGUGGGAUUACUGUGCCCAUGACUUCCUUGCAGAUUAUGAUGAGCCUCCUACGGACGUGGCCAAUGCCUCGCUGUGGAGGCAGUCAAGGCUAUGCUAUGAGGGUGGACUUUUCCAAGUCAUUUCCAGCCCGGCAGGUGCCAUCUACCAAGUCCGUACAUACGAUGUGUCGAAUAUGACAAUCGUUGAGAUCGGGUCUAGUGGUGAGGUUAUUGUUAUUGACCCCUUGACUUCUGUUGAAACUGCAAAGGCAGCCUUUGAGAUGUACGCAAAUUACAAGAAGGAAUACAACCCAGAUAAGAACAUCAAAGUGAAGGCCCUAAUCUACACUCACUCGCACGCAGAUCAUUUCGGAGGAGCAGAGGCCAUUAUGCCCUACGCGGCCAGCAAGGAUAUACCAAUCUAUGCCCCGGAGGGAUUCCUUGAGCACGCCGUCAGCGAGAAUGUCUACGCCGGCAACGCUAUGACUCGCCGGUCGGUCUAUAUGUACGGCGAAUCCCUGGAUAUCGCUCCUAAUGGCCAUAUUGGAGUCGGACUAGGUCUGGCCGUGUCCCAGGGAACAAGUUCGCUUGUUGCGCCUACCCACUACAUCAAGAACAAUGGCAAGCUAGAGCCCGAGAUUGAGGGCAUGGAGCUCAUCUGCCAAUUGACCCCCGGCACAGAAGCGCCCUCCGAGAUGAAUUUUUACUUCCCGUCUCUGAACGCGCUUUGCAUGGCUGAGAAUGCAACACACACCCUUCACAAUCUCCAGACGUUGCGCGGAGCACCGGUCCGUGAUGCCCGUCUCUGGUCGCGCUAUCUGGAUGAGGCCAUUGCCUUGUUCGGUGAGAAAGCCGAGGUGGUCUUCUCCAGUCAUCACUGGCCAACUUGGGAAACCUAUGACGAGCAGGGGAAUCCCGAGAAGAAAAUUAUCUCACUUCUGUCGAGACAGCGCGAUUGCUACGCAUACCUCCACAACGAAACCCUGCGUCGCCUGAAUAAUGGAAUGACGCCGGUGGAAAUUGCAGAGGUGUUUGAGCUGCCUCCCUCCCUCCGCGAUGUCUGGGACCUUAAGGGAUACUACGGGUCCGUGAGCCACAACGUCAAGGCCAUUUAUGACAAGUACAUGGGGUGGUUCGAUGGUAACCCAGCGAACCUUUGGAAACAUCCCCCGAAGGCUGAAGCGGCGAGAUACGUUCAAUGCAUGGGUGGAUAUGACAAAGUGGUGGAUCUCGCUCAAGGUUACAUUGAUAACGAGAACGACCUGCGUUUUGCAGCUACUCUUCUCAACCAUGCUGUCUUUUCUGACCCGAAUCCUGAAAAGGCGAGAGUGGCCCUGGCCCACGUUUACCGGAAGCUUGGCCACGGCGCAGAAAACGGAACUUGGCGAAAUAUCUAUCUUACCGGUGCGAAGGAGCUGGUGGGUGAUGUUCAGCCUGGCAUCAACCUCAUGGCUCCCGAGGCGUGGUAUGCGUUCAGUUUGGAUGAGCUGGUUGACACCAUGGCCAUCCGAGUUGAGGGGCCAAAGGCUUGGGGCAAAGCCUUUACCAUCAACCUGAUGGUCCAAUAUCCCGCCAAUGACGGAAAGGUGACCGACCCAGAGUUCAAGGGCUAUCACGUCAGGUUGAGCAAUGGUGCUCUGACGGGCCAUGUCAUCAAGUACCAGGGACCUGGGACUUCAUCAGCUCCUGCAGCAGAUUUGACGCUUUACGUGACACAUCAGGAACUCGUGCAGCUUUUCAAUGGUGAGCGUUCCACUAUAGAGGGGCUCAACUAUGCUGGUGACGCGGGGGUUUGGGAUAUCCUGCUAUCACUGCUUACCAUCCCAAAUACGGGAUUCAAUAUUGUCAAGCCCCUUGCCGAUACUGAUGAGCCUAUGGCAGGAUGA